GGAGCGCGGCGUGGCCACCUUUGAUUUCCUGCGGGCGGCUCGCCCCGACGGGCUGGGCGCCGCCGCCGCGGCCGCCGCCGCGGGCAUGGCCAAGCCGGUAGACCACGUGAAGCGGCCCAUGAACGCCUUCAUGGUGUGGUCGCGGGCGCAGCGGCGCAAGAUGGCCCAGGAGAACCCCAAGAUGCACAACUCGGAGAUCUCCAAGCGCCUGGGCGCCGAGUGGAAGCUGCUGAGCGAGGCCGAGAAGCGGCCCUUCAUCGACGAGGCCAAGCGGCUGCGCGCCAUGCACAUGAAGGAGCACCCCGACUACAAGUACCGCCCGCGCCGCAAGCCCAAGACGCUGCUCAAGAAGGACAAGUUCGCCUUCCCCGUCGGGCCCUACGGCCUCCCCGACGCCGCCGACCCGCACGGCCACCCGCUGGGCGCCCACCACGCCGCGCUCAAGGCCGGCGCCCUCCACGCCGCCCCGGACCUGCUGGCCAACCCGGAGAAGGCCGCCGCCGCCGCAGCAGCCGCCGCCGCCCGCGUCUUCUUCCCGCCGUCGGCGGCCGCCGCCGCCGCCGCCGCUGCUGCCGCGGCGGCCGGCGGGCCCUACUCGCUGCUGGACCUGGGCUCCAAGAUGGCAGCGGAGCUCUCCUCGGGCGGCGGGGCCGGCGGCGGGGCCGGCUCGCCCGCCGGGCUGCCCUACGCCGCCUCCUCGCUGGCCUACCCUACGGGCGGCGCCUUCCACGCGGCGGCGGCGGCUGCAGCGGCGGCGGCGGCGGCGGGCGGGGGCCACACGCACUCGCACCCCUCGCCCGGCAACCCCGGCUACAUGAUCCCCUGCAACUGCAGCGCCUGGCCCGGCCCGGGCCUCCAGCCGCCGCUGGCCUACAUCCUCCUGCCGGGCAUGGGCAAGCCCCAGCUGGACCCCUACCCCGCGGCCUACGCGGCGGCCCUAUGACCUCCCCGCCCGCCCCCGGCGCCCCUCCGGCGAGGAGCCGGGGGCCACGGCAGCUGCGUGCCGUUCGGACUCUAGCCGGCCCUCCGCGGAUCUGCGCUGCUGGCUGCCGGGCCGGAGAAGGUGCGCGCCGUCCAUCCAUCCCGAGCGCCGAGCGGGCCUGGCGCGGUGUCGCCCUUGGCCCGUUCCUUGGGGGGGGGGGGGCGCUUUCCCUUCCUUCUCCCUCCGCGCUGCUGGCGCCCCGAUCCGCAGCAGGUCCGGCGCCCUCCCGUCCGAAGCUGGCUGGUCUUCUUCCCGGGCCCUGUUCCGAGACUCGCCUCUUCCUCCGAGGAUCGAACGGAGGCAUUGGAAAGAAAAGGGGCCCCAGAAAGCCCCGGAGAGAGUCCGAGGAGAGUGUUCCGUCGGGAGAGAAGCCCGAACGCCUGCCUGCCCCGUCUCGCCUAAAGACUGUAAAUUUGUACAUGAACGAGGGAACUUUAGGUGUCCGCUGGCUUCGCUGUAUAUUUGACUCCUUCCUUCCUUUCGGCUGGGAUCCUAAGCCCACACUGCCUUGGAAUUAGGUCUCGCUGUAAUCAAGGGGACUUACUUCCAAGCACCCGUGUGCCGGGGUCGUGGGGAUGCCGGAUUAAUUACGCGCGCGUGUUUUUUUUUCAAAGAGUUUUUUCGCGCAAAUUUUUGAAAAGUGCGGAUCCCUUUGGGGAUCGCGAUUUGAUUUAGAUUUUUUUUUAAAAAAAAAAUCAGACUUCUUGUCUGAGGGAUAAUGAUAUAUUUAUUAUGAUGGAGGUGUGCCCCAAACCGCUGCCUUUCGAGGGACCACAGGUACUGGCCUUUCUUUCCGACCUUUUCUCCCAGCGACGCCUACAGAGUUCAGACGUGAUUUGAAAGUCACCCGAGUUGGGUGGGUUUUUUUAAAAAAGCACUAACGAUUCAGUUGCAGCGAACGACCGUGGAGGGGGCGGGCGGCUUGUUUCAAGGAAACGAGCAAUUUUCGUUGACUUUUGUCAUCUGUAUAUUUGGAUUAAUGUUUGUGAAGCAAGUGGCCUAACCUGUAUUUAGUUUAAUUUUUAUUUUUAUUUUGCUUUCUGUAAUAUAAGAUUUUGGAGGGAAAAAGUUUUUAAGUAUUGGUUUUAACAUUUGACGUGUAUAAAUGAGUUUGCUGGUGUGCUCUAAUUUAAAAAUUAGACGUUUAAGCUAUAUCUGUACAUUUAGAAGCCGAGACUUACCCCUCUGUUCAUUUUGGAACAAAGAGUUUAAAUAAAAAGCCUGAAGCAGGGGGGAGGAAAA